AUGAACGGGUUUUCCAUUAAGGAGUUGUGCUGCCUCUUUUGUUGUCCACCAUGUCCGGGCAGGAUUGCUGCAAAACUGGCAUUCUUGCCCCCAAUACCAACCUAUGCGGUGUUACCAGAACAAGAUCCCUCCGGACGAUGGAAACUUCACCUUACAGAUCGUGCAGACUUUCAGUACAGUCAACGUGAGCUGGAUACCAUAGAAGUUUUCAUGACCAAGAGUAGCCGUGGCAACAGAAUUGCUUGCAUGUAUAUCCGCUGUUCUCCUGGUGCAAGGUUCACCCUCCUCUUCUCUCAUGGCAAUGCAGUGGAUCUGGGACAGAUGAGCAGCUUUUACUUGGGUCUAGGGACACGUAUCAAUUGUAACAUCUUCUCAUAUGAUUAUUCCGGGUAUGGGGCUAGCUCAGGUCGUCCAUCUGAAAAAAACCUGUAUGCAGACAUUGAUGCUGCUUGGCAAGCUUUACGUACAAGGUAUGGAAUAUGCCCUGAAAAUAUACUGCUUUAUGGACAGAGUAUUGGCACUGUACCAACAGUGGACUUGGCAUCUCGUUAUGAAUGUGCAGCUGUCAUCUUACACUCCCCGCUGACCUCUGGGAUGAGAGUCGCAUUUCCAGACACUAAGAAAACGUACUGUUUUGAUGCAUUUCCCAACAUUGAAAAGGUUUCCAAGAUAACAUCACCAGUGUUGAUAAUUCAUGGAACAGAAGAUGAAGUGAUUGAUUUCUCUCAUGGUCUGGCCCUUUAUGAACGCUGUCCCAAAACCGUUGAACCUCUUUGGGUAGAGGGUGCUGGGCAUAACGACAUUGAGCUGUACAGCCAAUAUUUGGAACGUCUGAAACGAUUCAUCUCUCAAGAGCUGACUUCACAAAACAGUAACUGA